AUGACCUAUUCCAUAGCAAAGCCGCUGCGCCCAUUACCCAUUUAUGCCCUCGUCGAUGGUGAUCCGGAUGGAAUAGCGAUCAUGUCAACAUAUAAAUAUGGAUCAAUGGCACACUUCCAUGAGAACGCACGAUUUGUUGUCCCGGGAUUACAGUAUCUUGGCCUUCGCAUUUCAGACGCAGCGAUGAACCCUGAUAUCUUAAAUAAUGCCAGCCUUCUUACUCUGACCGCUAGGGACCGCCGCAAAGUCGCUUCGAUGCUCCAGAAUAGCCCGAUCUUGGGGGUUGAUGGUCCCGAACUUGAGUGGCGUCUGGAGUUGCAGAGCAUGCUGAUGCUGAAUAUGAAAGCCGAAAUAGAGAUAUUGUAUGAGCAGGACGGUGGCCUGGAAGGGUGGAUCGAUCGAAGGAUGUUCCGACAGGUAUGA